CCCGUCCCCUCCCCUCAGUCCCUUUCCCCUUCCCCACCCCGCCCCGCCGGGCCAGCGCGAGCCUUCGGCCGCCCUCGGCAACCGCCCCCAACGGCCGCCCGCGAGCCGCGGGGCUGGGCCCCUCGCUCCUCCCCUCGGGCCCACGGGCGCCAGGCGCUCUCCUCGUCGCGCCUCGCACUCUGGCACCUCGCGGGCACGCGGGUGAGCGGCGGCGCCGCCAUGCGCGCCCAGUCCCGGGCUGCACACCGGCCUAGGCGCGGCGGCCCGAGAUAGGGUCCCCUGAGGCUCCCGGGGGAGGAGAGGAGCCAGCCGCGCGCUCCGCCCCCUCCCCCAGGGUUGCGGGCGCCGCCGCCGCCGCCUCCACCGCCGCCGCCGCCACCUCGCCGCCCCAGCCUGGCGGGGACGAGGAGGAGGAGGAGGAGCAGUAGCAGGCCUCCGGGCCCCCGCGCCGCCGCCCGCAGGAUAAUUCUGAUUCAUCCUUGAAGAGCAUCCAUAGAAGAGGGGGAAAAAAGAUGGGUGUGAAAACAUUUACUCACAGCUCCUCUUCCCACAGCCAGGAAAUGCUGGGAAAGCUAAAUAUGCUACGAAAUGAUGGACAUUUUUGUGAUAUCACUAUUCGUGUCCAGGACAAAAUCUUCCGCGCUCACAAGGUGGUACUAGCAGCUUGCAGUGAUUUCUUUCGAACCAAACUUGUGGGACAAACCGAGGAUGAGAACAAAAAUGUGUUGGAUCUGCAUCAUGUUACAGUGACUGGUUUUAUACCCCUUUUAGAAUACGCUUACACAGCCACUCUGUCAAUUAACACGGAAAAUAUUAUUGAUGUUCUAGCUGCAGCCAGCUAUAUGCAAAUGUUUAGUGUUGCUAGUACCUGCUCAGAGUUCAUGAAGUCAAGUAUUUUGUGGAAUACACCUAAUAGCCAACCAGAAAAGGGCCUAGAUGCUGGACAAGAAAAUAGUUCCAACUGCAAUUUUACUUCUCGAGAUGGGAGCAUUUCUCCAGUGUCUUCAGAGUGCAGUGUUAUGGAAAGGACCAUUCCUGUCUGCCGAGAAUCCCGGAGAAAACGCAAAAGCUACAUUGUUAUGUCUCCUGAGAGUCCUGUAAAAUGUAGCACACAAACAAGUUCCCCCCAGGUAUUGAAUUCUUCAGCUUCCUAUGCAGAAAAUAGAAAUCAGCCAGUUGACUCUUCUUUAGCUUUUCCAUGGACUUUCCCUUUUGGAAUUGAUCGAAGGAUUCAGCCUGAGAAAGGGAAGCAGGCAGAAAAUACCCGGACUUUAGAAAUGCCUGGCCCAUCCGAGGCAGGUAGAAGAAUGGCUGAUUAUGUGACUUGCGAGAGCACAAAAACUACCUUGCCUCUAGGUACAGAAGAAGAUGUCCGGGUCAAAGUAGAAAGAUUAAGUGAUGAGGAGGUCCAUGAGGAAGCAUCUCAGCCUGUCAGCGCAUCUCAGAGCUCAUUGAGUGAUCAGCAGACAGUGCCGGGAAGUGAACCAGUGCAAGAGGACCUUCUGAUUAGUCCACAGUCUUCCUCUAUAGGCUCAGUAGAUGAAGGAGUCGCAGAGGGGUUGCCUACACUUCAAAGCACUUCUAGUACCAAUGCUCAUGCAGAUGAUGACGACAGAUUGGAAAAUGUUCAGUAUCCCUACCAACUCUACAUUGCUCCUUCUACCAGCAGUACAGAACGACCAAGUCCAAAUGGUCCAGACAGACCUUUUCAGUGUCCUACCUGUGGGGUUCGAUUCACCCGUAUUCAGAACCUAAAACAGCACAUGCUUAUCCACUCAGGAAUUAAACCAUUUCAGUGUGACCGCUGUGGAAAAAAGUUCACCAGGGCUUACUCGCUAAAGAUGCAUCGCCUAAAGCAUGAAGGUAAACGCUGUUUCCGGUGCCAGAUAUGUAGUGCCACUUUCACUUCCUUCGGGGAAUAUAAACACCAUAUGAGGGUUUCCCGGCACAUUAUCCGCAAGCCUCGGAUUUACGAGUGCAAAACAUGUGGCGCCAUGUUCACCAACUCUGGAAAUUUAAUCGUGCACCUGAGGAGUCUGAACCAUGAAGCAUCAGAGCUAGCAAACUACUUCCAGAGCAGUGAUUUCUUAGUACCGGACUACUUAAACCAGGAGCAAGAAGAGACCCUUGUUCAGUAUGAUCUUGGAGAACACAGUUUUGAAAGCAACUCUUCUGUUCAAAUGCCUGUGAUUUCACAGGUCUCCUCAACCCAGAAUUGUGAAAGCACUUUCCCCUUGGGGUCUCUUGGUGGGCUUGCAGAAAAGGAGGAGGAAGUGCAAGAGCAGCCAAAGACCAGUGCUCAUGCUGAGGCUACCAGAGAUGACCCCCCUAAGUCAGAGCUGUCUUCUAUAAUGAUUGAGUAAUUCUGUGAUUUGGCCUUGGUUUGGGUUUUUGGAAAGUGCCUGUGCUUUGUUUUAUACGUUUAAAUUUGAAUUUUUAAACAAAGAAGGGUUCCAUUUGUAAGCCCAGAAACUGGAGGGUUGCUUUAUUUUUUGUUUUGUUUUUCAUAGAUGAGAGAUUGCUUUUGCGUGUGUAUAAUAAGGUAACAUUGAAACAGAACAUGAACUCUGAGACUUAAGGAAAAGCAGCUGAUUUAACACAUGGCAGUUCUUCCUCCCAUUGUUAAAAGUGGGCAGCAGCAGAUACAGAAGAAAUCAGGUGGUUGUUGCCCUUCCUGAGAUGAGAGGGCUCAUGAGAAGUUACUAAACAGAAUUUGACAAUUUCUAAGUAAAUGUUUACUCCUAGAUGCAGGAGUAAACAUUCCUGUAAUUUUGGAAGUAUUUAACAAUAAUUUUUUUCAAAUGAAGGUAAAUAACUUAUGAAAUCCAGCAUAUUCUUUUUUUUUUAAGCCAUUUUGAAUUUUCAUGGUGAAAAAUUAGUAUCUGGCAGGCAUUUCCUGUACCUUUAUAGUGUCACUCCAAAGGCUAAGAGGUGUGAUUGAGAGAAUCAGGCUGUGCAUGGAAUGGCCAGGGUGCAAAAUGAGGUCUGUAUACCCCAGCUUUUGUAGGAAUUUUCUUCUUACUGGUUUUCUUACUAGAAUGAAUGCUGAUACCUGGAUAACUAGGACAUUGCCCAGAUAAGUUUCCUCUUGUCCCAUCAAUAGUACUUUCAUUUGCAUAUACUAUUGUGCUGCCAUAGAAAAGAAAAAUAUUGAAGAUAUUCUAUAUUUUAUAUAUAGGUUUAUGUAUUGUUGGGGAUGUUUAUGCUGUGCUGUUUUGGACAAAAUAAAAGAAUUCUGUUUUGAGGCUACAUUCUUAACCCAAUUAAGAUUGUUUACAAGAUCACAUAUGACAGCAGUACAUUGUCCUUAUUCCAAAAUACUUUGAGGUGUUGCCAAGUUUGUUAACAGUGGUUAUUACAGUUUUCAUGGGAUGUAAGCAAUAAUGUGAGAGAAGAGGUUGUAAAAUGAUCAUCUCUGACUCAGAAAUUGGGGGAGGGAUUGUUAAAAUUAAAAACUUUGCUACUCGAUAAAAUUUAUAGAUUGGGAUAUACUUUUUUAUCUGGUACUAUUAAAGCCUCUUUGAUUUGAAAUAUUCAUGAGUCCAUGAGUAAUGAACUUUUGAGUAAUUUUUCUUUAUAAAAAAUUGCCCCAAGGUUCAUCAUUAUGAUAGCCCCUGGUGGGGUUAGAAAAUAAAAACAAUCUAUGUUUUUUGUUUGACUUUGGAUAUUUUGUUUUGUAACAGGAUCAUAAGUAGCCUAGGUUGGCCCAGAAAUAUUGAUCCUCUUGCCUCAGUUCCCCCACAACCCUUGCUAAUAUAUUAUAGACACAUAACACCACACCUAGAUCAAACACAUGAUCUAAAUUUUAUUCCAAUACCAGACUUAUUUUUUUACAUUAUAUAAUUUGUUUCUUUAGAAUUUAUUAGUUCUGUAAUUUAAUUUCCAUCUUUGUUCUUUUUUCUUCUUAACACUGAGAAUUGAACCUGGACCUUAUACGUCUUGAGCACAUGCUCUAUCAAUGAGAUACAACCCAGCCCUUAUUUCCAGUUUUUCACUUGACUCAUAAGUGUAUGACUUUCAGAAAAAAAUCAACUAAAGAAGUCAGUAAUUUUUAUUUUUAUGUCAUAUAUAUAUGAUCUUUGAAAAGUGUGCCUACUAAUAAAUCCUAAAAUUCAAUUAGAAUCCUGUUUUAGUAUGAUAAAGAUUAAGUUAAAUUAUGAUCAAGAAUUAUGUUCUUGGUUCCAAGUUGGGUUGUUUUGUUUUGCUUCUAUUUUGUUAAGAGCUAGAAAAGGAGAAAAGAAAAUGAAAUAAAUAAAAAUAAAUCAGAGAUGAACUAAAUUGAAGAAUUCUUUUCAGAUUCUUUGAAAAGUGUUUCAGUAUACCCUGUAUAAGACUUCUGAGUUAGGUCAGCCUCUUUGUGAGGAUUCCCUCACUGGAUUUUUAUUGCUAAUGACAAAUCCUGUAGCCAGCCUUUAGGACAGGUUCAAAAAUACCUGAAGACACAUAGGUUAGUCGCCUAUUACUCAGAAUCAUUGUGAUAAAGGCACCUGACUAAUGUUUAACAUAAAAUGAUACAAAAGCCUUUUCCUGUUCCAGUGAGACUACAUUUUUGAGGACAUUUUGUGUAUGGGUCUGUUAUAGGGAACACAACUGCAAGACAUAAUUGUACAUAAAGUAAUAUCUAAGGUUUAUUUAAAGUUGAUUUAAAAGAGGAAUGCCUAGAUAUAUAUACUUUUCACCAGAACAUAUGGAAAACAUUUUGAAGAGAUGAUCCCUUCAUAGAAAUCACCAGGGUAACUAAACAGAAAAGCAUUCGUGUUUAGAAUACUUAAAGGUAGCUAUCUUUUGUAAGGCCUAAGAGGAUAACUUUGUGAUAUUUAAAGGGCUUAAAUUUUAGAAUGCAGGAUAAUUACUUUUAAAAACCUAAGCAUUUUAUACAAGAAAAGCUUUGUUUUCAGUUUUUUCCCAACUGCCAAAUAGAUAGAAUGUGCUUUAAAGUGAAGUUUUCACUGUGGUGUAAGGAGUUGUAGCUCCUCCUGUCACUCUUUGCAUUUCCAAACUCUAGUCUUCAAAGCAUCAUGUCAGUAAUUCACUUAGUCAGAAACAGAAAUUUGACAGUGACUUUUACAUUUUCCAAGAAAUGGGUGUAGAUAAAUGUUGUUAUCAACAAAUAUGUUUAAAUGAAUUUCUCUUAAUUGGCCAUUCUAAAUAAUUCCAAUUUUUAUUUUAAGUUUAACCACAGUUCAUUAUAUUAUUAGGUUUUAUUUGGGCGGGGGGAGUUGGUUUUUUUAAGUUCACAAUUUUGUUAAGACAGAAUGUAGUAAAAUAUUUAAGUGGCCUCAUUUCGGUCUUAUGUUUAAACAUUUUAAGCCCCAUUACAUAAGUGCCGUGUUAAGAUACAUUCCCUUUGUUAUUAAAAACAAAUAAGCAAAAACACGUAUGUUUUGUUAAAAUGUUUUACUAAAUGGAGUGAAAUAGUCUGCCUCUCAUGUGCUGAGUCAUUGGUAACCCUGUUCCUGUCUUAACUGCUGAGCUAGGCUCUCCUGUUCUAGAAACUGAUCCCUGUUCCUUUGGAAGCUAUAAGUCCUUCACUCCUUUAAAAUAAAAACACUUAUUUUAUUCUCUUAGUCUAAUUAAUUAGAAGCCACUUUUGGAGUUAGUUUCCUAUUAAGGGACAUAACCAUACAGUGUUAUACAGAUGGCAGUUCUCUCCCAGUGUCAGAGAAUUACUUUUUAUGAUGGUAAAUGAACUGUUCUAAUAUUUUAACUGACUCUUCAGUUUUUUGAUUUGUGGAACUAAUGAUCAGGCAAAUUGGAAACUCCAUUGUACUGCAUCACUUAUCUGCGGAAAGGGCCUUAAAACCCUGAAGUGUACAUCUGUGUGAAGAAAUAAUUUUUGAGUUCUUAACUAGGGGUAAAGGAACUAGGAAAGUGCACAAAGAGCAAACAGCCCAAAAGUAGGGGAGGAAAAUGGGUUUUCACUGCACGUUGUUGACUUCAGGUGCCUUUUUGUAUUUUGAUAGGUACUAAAAGAACAUGUAGAAACCAGAAGUCAGUGAAAUAAAGUUGAGGGAGUAGAGAGAUGUUAUUGUCAUAAACAUAGCUAUGGGGAAUAUUUAUAACUAAACAUGGGUUUUAAGUAUGCUCAUCAAAAUUAAGAUCUGUUAUUUUGCUUAUACUAGUAUUUAUCUCUGUCAUUUUUGACAGUGGUAACAUGGAUUAUUUUUAUUUGAAAAUUUCUCAGCAAAGUGAAUUUGCCAAAGUAGCAAUGGUUCAAAUAAACAAGGAAGUGGAAUUGAGCCAGUCCAUGCUGGGAAGUAGGCUAUAGAUGUUUCACUCUGGAUUACACAUAAAUUAAGACUUUAGUUGCCUCCUAGAAACGUUGAAUAGUGUUGAAUAGGGAAUGGUACCAGCUACCAUCAGGAGUUAAACUUUUAUUAAUCUAUAUACUAAAGUCUUCUUAGAUGUUUCCCCGUAUCAUAAUUCUAUUUAGAACAGAAAAAGAUAGCUCUCUGUUUUUGGAAAUAGUCACUGUGGAAAUUUCAGACAGUGCUUUUAGAACCUUGGCUUUGGCAGUCUCUGAGCAGUGAUGCUGCCUCAACCUGUUUCUGAGACUUGAGUUUUUAGUGCUCUCUGAGUGAGACCCAGGACACUUGCAGCAAAGACCAGGCUUCCUGUGUGCAGAAUAGUUUACAAAGGACUCAGGAGUUCAGACCAUGAUUGAAAACACUAUGUGUUUUUUAUUAAUUGAAAAUUAAGUUUUUAUUUUAGUUUGAAGUGCCUAGUUUAUAAAAUAUCAAAUUCUUUUUUUUUUUUUUUUUUUAAGUUAACAAGCUUUGCUAAGCCUAAAGCCCUGGGCUCAGUUGUGAUGAUUUCUUGGUACAAUCACUGAUAGUCAUUUGAGGAGCUAUAGUGUCAUGACUUGUACUAAAUUCCUUGUUUUCUCAAAUGCCAGCCUGACCAUACCUAGAGCUUGAAAAAUCAUCCUGUGAAUGAAUGUUGGUUACCAAAGUGCAUCACCUGCUGAAGAGUCAGUCUCUCUGUGCCAGGAGAGGUGUUAGUGUUAUCUUCAAGAUGGGGAAGUUUCUUCCGCAGUUCUCCUUUCCAGAGAGAGCCUUUUCUGUGAGUGUGUGAGUAUGCUUCCUGCGGGCUUGUCAUUUUAGGCAGUAGUUUCCAAGUGGACAGCUGUUACGGAAAGUCUCUCACGCUGAGAGUGCUUUGCACUUUUGAAAGUUGCACUGCUUUUCUGCUCCCAGAGUGAAUGGCGUCGGGUAUUUACAGAUACGAUCAUAAACUUUGUUGUUCUGCUUAUACAAAAUGAUGGAUUCUAAUGCUUAUAUUUGAAGGUAUACUUUAAAGAAACAACAGUCUGUGAUAGGGUAAAAUUUGGUUUUGACCCAAGUUCCAAUGAUAUUUAGUUCAUUGAUACUGGUGUCUCCUGUUGAAUCAGCUAGAUAUUGCCUGCCUCUUUGUUAAGGCACCCUUGUGGCACCUUACGUUCAACUUGAAGGAUGGUAUGUGGCCUCUUUGUGCCUCUACUAUCUUUUCAAAAGCCAUUUUAUAAAAAUCUUAGGUAUUUUAAUAUUUAAAUAUAUAUAUUUGUGAAAGAUACUUUUAGAACAGACUUUUUUUUUUUAACUUUGAAAUUCCUGUAUUCCCAUUUUUAAGAGUAAACUAAAGCUUUUCCAGGCUUAAGAAGUAUCUUUUUUCAGAGCCGUGAUAAGAAAGUCAGAAUGAGGUAAUAGGUCAAAGAAUUCAGUGAUAGGAAAAAAGAUGUCUGGGGAGGGGAGACAAAUUUAAAGGUGAAAACAGUUACUUUGAUGUAACAAAUUAACUUUUAAAAAUAAAGUUGUGGUUUUGCUUCUGUGAUUUCCUAUUUGCUGCUACAGUAGCUCACUAUUUUAUAGGGCUAAUAAAUAAAUCUGGCCUCAUUUGAAAACUGGGGUUCUUUCUAAUACAAGCAGCCUAGAAAGAGACUGCCCCACAGUCUGCCCGACAGUGGCCGAGUGUCCCGUGUAGCUGAUGCAUGCUUUAAUACUUGCCUGAAGCUGGCAGCACGGAGCUCAGGAAAGCUUCCUGCCCUGCCAGCUAGAGCACUAUGACUCUUGGGGAACUGGCAUCUGUGAAACAGGCCAAAGAGGGCACUGCUGAGGAGAAACUGUGAAGUCAGUUACAUGAAUGGGUGUUUCCAUAUCCUCUACCCCUCUCCUAGAACAGUACUACUCUCUCCAGCUGUGCCAGUCCCCAGUUCACCAGCUUUGUCCAGUUGUUGUCAUCACGUUCAAAGUAUAGCUUUACUUGGUGACAGUGGCCAUAGCUAAAUUACUUGGCAUGUUUGACUUUCUACAAUAACAAAAAUGGUCUUAAAUUUUGUUUUGUUUGAUUUCCUAAAAAAAAUGUAUACAGUGUCAUAACUUCACGUUUUAUAUACUAGUAUCUGGCUAUUAGUAUUUUACAGAAACCAUGGUUCUUGGUGACUACAUAUAUAUAUAUUUUUGUGACUUUUUUGUAAACUAAGUGCCGUUUCAACGUUACAAUCAUUUUUAGAGUUAUUGUAAUCAAUGUGAAUAUCAUGUUUUCUCAAAUCUGUUCUGAGCCUAGUGUUUGCUUUGUGAACAUAUGUGUAUUGUACAUACUCUGUAUAGUUACAUUGUACUGAAAUAUUAGCUUGUUUGAUAUGAGAAAAGUAUGUAUUGAGUACCUUUUUGCUAGCCUGAUUGCUUAAUCUUUUUUAAAAAAGGUUUAAACUUUUUUUUUAAAUCUUUAAACUGGCCUUUAUUAAUGGUCACAAAUAAAGUUGCAGUUAGAAGGGAUGGACAGGGAAAAAUUAGUCUUGAGUGGUCUUUGGAUAGAAACAUGAGACUAAGGUUGGUUUUUGUUUUACUUCAUUAAAAUAUCUUACUGAUGUUUUAUGAAAUAA